AUGGACGUGAAAACGGUGAACAAGCUGAGAACUGAAUUGCAGGCUUCUCAGGCGUCUGGGAAGAGUGACGUGAUGAUAGAGAUACUCAAGGCGUUGAAAGAGGAAUUAACGGCUACAGAGGAUAUCAUAAGGGAAACUAAAGUUGGUUUGGCUGUGGGUAAGCUGCGCUCCCAUGAAAAUAGGCAGAUUAGCGACUUAGCCAAGGAAAUUGUUAAGAAAUGGAAGAAUGAUGUUACCAAGAAGCCCAAGGAAGUUUCUGAGUCUAGUCCCACAGCCAAUACCACCACAAACGACAAACCACGCUCAGGUAAAACUGAUAACGUCGAUUUCGAGAAACUUAACGACAAAACACGCGAUACCUGUCUCUCUUUGCUUUACAAUGCUAUGGUGUUCGACUCGUCUGCACCUUCUGAGCUUAUUAUGGACAGAGCUCUCGCAAUUGAAGUCACUGUCCUCGAUGAUAACAAUGGUUCCACUGCAGAAGACUAUAAAAAAAAGAUUCGCUCACUGAUGCUCAACCUCAAAGACAAGAAGAAUCCUACCCUUAGAGCUGCAGUUAUUUCCGGUGAUACUCCUGCAGAUAUCUUCUGUAGAAUGUCCUCAGGCGAUAUGGCUUCCGAGGAGCGUAAACAGCAGGAUAGAGCUUUGGAGUUGAAUAACUUAUUCAAGGCUAGAGGCGCUGGUCCACAGCAAGCUGAGACAGAUUCAUUCAAAUGCGGUAGAUGCAAGCAGAGGAAGUGUACCUACUAUCAAAUGCAGACGCGAUCGGCGGAUGAGCCAAUGACUACGUUUGUUACGUGCACGGUGUGUAACAACAGAUGGAAGUUUUCUUAG